AUGGCACCAAGCGCGCAAGCCGUUUCGAGCUAUCUUUCCAGCCUCUUCAGCCUCGCUGGCAAAGUCGCUGUCAUCACGGGAGGAAGUUCCGGAAUAGGAAGAGAGAUGGCCAUCGCAUUGGGACGUUCUGGAUGUCGGAUUGUUCUCAUUGCGCGAAGACCGAAACCCCUGCAGGAUACCAUCGAUCACCUCGCUGAUCUGCAUGUUACCGCUGAAGCUAUCGUCGCUGAUCUUGGCAACCCGGCUUCUGUGCGAGAUGCUAUCCAAGCUAUUAAGGCAACUGUCGGGUCACCUGACAUCCUCAUCAACGCCGCAGCUGUCAACUAUAGACCUCACAUGAACGAUCUUUCUCAAGGAGCCUGGGAUGAGACAAUUGCCGUCAACCUUACCGCGCCCUUCGCCCUAGGGCAAGCUUUUGGACCAAAGAUGGCAGAAAAUGGCUGGGGCCGUAUCAUCAACAUUAUAAGCCAGCAGGCUUUCAGGUCAUACGGCAAUAGCGGUGCAUAUGGAGCAUCCAAAGCAGGUCUCUUGGGUUUGACACGAUCCCAAGCAGAAGCGUGGUCUCGUCAUGGUGUUCUCUGCAAUGCCAUCGCACCAGGUGUCGUCGACACACCCAUGACUCGCGUUGCAUUCAACGACCCUGCAAAGGCCGAGGCUCAUGCAGCAAGAACUAUGGUAGGAAGGAAUGGUCUGCCAAGAGAUUUUGCAGGGAUUGCUGUGUAUCUGGCGAGUGAUGCGAGUGCUACAGUUACAGGGCAGACAAUCUUUGUGGAUGGAGGUUAUUCUUCGACAUGA